GUUUCUCGGUCCGUGCGCAUCCAAAUAUUUAGGUUGAUUGUUAGUUGGCGCGAGCGGUCUUGCAGCUAAAGAGUAAAAAGACGCUGCUGGUGCAGUGAGUAGUACUUAAACACGAAGAGCAGUUGUAGAGAUACGAGAAAUUUGGCUGCCGAAAUUGUACGAAGAAAUAUAAGUGAAAGAUGAAAGCGUUUUUCGGAUCUUCUUCCUCAGCUGCCUCGCGCAGCAAGGGCGGCUCCUUGGAGAAAUCGGAGGAGCUGAUGCCCUUCCAGAAGACGUUGCUGCACAACACUGGCGGGUCAGAAGACAGAUUCAGUAAAUUUGUCACGAAAAGCAGUCACGAGGCUUCCGGCGCUGCGGCCAACAGCUCCUCCUCCAUCCUUGCUGCCCGCAGAAAUUCGCAAGACGCGUUUGCAGUAAAAACGAUUGCUGCUUGUUUUUUUUUUUUUUGUAUGAGAUCCGCUAUAAACCAUAAGCAAAGAGAAGUAGUGCAGAUCCUAGUGUUCAAGGAGGAUUAAGAUAGGUCUCUGCUCAUCUCCUCCUCCGCCGCGGUUCAAUGUGAUCAACAUGCGUCUUCGGGACUUGUCCGACAUCAAUGCGGGGCCAUCCGCAAUGAUGUUUUAGCAAGCCGAGGCUCCUCAUCCUCGUACGUAGGUACGUAAUCGCUCCACCCCGUCACGCUUGGGAAGACACAGCCAGGGUGCGCACGAUCUUGCUACGCGAAGAAAGCGGGCACCCAAGAGACUGAUUUUGUCUUCGACUCCAUUAGCCUCUGCUAUGUCUUGGCGGCUGUGUCACUGUACCUGUCUCCUUGUGCCCUGUCGCCCUGUGCCCUGUUCUAGUGGCGCUAUACUUAUGCAGCAUCCUUGCUGCCCGCAGAAAUUCGCAAGACGCUUUUGCAGUAACGAUUGUUGCUUGUUUUUGUUACCUCCAUCCUUGCUGCCCGCAGAAAUUCGUUCUGAAGUUAAAUCCGCAUUACAAAUUUUCUUUCUCAUUCUGAGGAAAUUUGUCAUGCGAUUAGUACUAGUACGAUACUUUUGCAAUGCAUAAUACCGCACGUUUUCCUGUCUCUCCCGGAUAUUUUCCCUGCGCUCGCGCCGCCGAUCUUGCUCUUGCUUGGAUCGUAUCACCUGCAGAAAUGUCUGGGUUUGGAAACUUGUGAUGCUACAAUGUGGAUGAUGGGAAGAGUUCCGAAUGCAACCCAGCAUGAUAACUUUCCAGAACGCUUUUUCAUAGGCAAAUCGCAUGAGAAAUCGCGUUUUGGCAUGUACAAAAGAGGUUGCGACUUUUGUUGCUUAUGCAAUACAGAUUUUCUAGGAAGGGAAAGCUAGCAUUACAAGUUCCAACCUCCCAGACCCAGACAUUUUUGCAAUCCAUAGAUCGCGCUAGUUCGUUUCGCGCGACCUGCUGCACUAGGGUUUCUUGUUUUGUACUAUGGUGGGGAAAAAUCCCCCCUCCCCAUACUGAGGAGGUAUGUUCUACAAAUUUGUGAUGCUGAUUUGUGACCAGAAAUCCUGUCUCUCUUGCAAGAGGGCAAACGCAGAGAGUGCGCCGCUUUAUGCAGGCAAUUUGUAAUGCUGUUGCGCCGAUAUGGCAGGCCUCUGCUAUGCUAAGGACCUACAGCAAAACACCCCUACGCAGGUUUAGGCCUUGCCUGCCGUGCGCCCCCCUGCAAGACAGAGCUGAUUUGUGUACACAAAUCCAGCAACAGAAAUUUCCGUUUCAAUAUGGGCGGCAAGGGGGAUUUUUCACUUUGAUAUGUACGUGGACCAAUAAAUCUGGUUGCGUCAUCCUUGCUGCCCGCAGAAAUUCGCAAGACGCGUCUGCAGUAACGAUUGUUUGAAGCUUCUAGGUGUUGCCUAUUCUGCAUGACAAACUGCGUUUCUGCAUGUAACGAUUGCUGCUUGUUUUUGUUACGUAUCAUCGAUUCCUGAUUUCAUUUUAUCCGAUUCGUCAGGUGGCUUGGGGCCGUUUUAUUUUCUCUUGCAAACUACCAGGUCUGGGUCUGGCGACCAUGAUCCGCCAGAACGUUUAGCGCAGCGCUGGUAGAAAUUAAUAUGUGAUGCAUCAUGUUCAUCAGGAUGUAGAUGUACUAGGAAAAUUUGAAUUACACUUUGUGCAGGCCAAGGACCAGACAAUAUUGGUAUUCGACUGGGACGAUACGCUUUUCCCGACUUCCUGGGUCCGACACUACAUGAAUCUAUCAUACUACACAAGAGUGCUAUUGUAGUGCGAGAUUUCUCGAUUACACUACAAGAAACAUGCAUAAUAUUUAUUUUUAUGGUAUAGACAAGCCCCCCCGCAAUCAACCUCGCUGUGUCAACAUACAGCUCGGUCGACUUGGAGGCAUUUGUGAUGCGCAGCAAAAAAGGAAGAGAGACGGAGAUCGCAUAGGUAGAGCUUUUUUCUUUCCAGCAACACAAAACUCAAUACACAGGCACAGUUGUAGUUGAAAAGUAUCUAUAACUCUAUCUUAUGUUACGGGUACAUGCCAAUACUGCAAUAGCGCCUUACUGCAUGAUAAGACCUGCAUUGGAAAUAUCCCCUGGCGGAGCAGCGUAUCUCGGCCAUUCAGAAGCGAAAAAUCAAAGUCGCCCUCGACGAACUCGCAAACGAAGUUGAUAUGGGGGUGUCAGGAUUGAAAUCGUCAAAGUUGAAAUGAUUUGUCAUGCAUAAAAUGCGAUACAAAAAGUGACUCUAUUGCAGAGGACACAUGGAAGGCAGAUUAUAGUCCUGGUAAGGGUCAAAAGUUGGACUGCCGACUAGCAUGACAGAGGGCAGCUCUUUUGCCCUAAACCGCAUGACAGACUCGCUUCCAGCACCGGGAAAAUUUGUCAUGCGCCGACUACAAACUUUAGGUCUAACUGGUAUACGUUUUAUGGUGAGGCGCCCUUACAGGUUGUGUAGUGCUAGUGGUUUCGGUCGGUUUAGCAUGACAAACUAUUUCAACUUUGACGAUUUCAAACCUGACACAUCCAUAGUUGAGCAGUUUCUGUUAGCGGCGAUGCAGCGCGGUCGCGUCGUCAUUGUACUCGAAUUUUCGAUAUUUGAAAUCACAAAAAGAAAGAAGAUGAGAAAUUUUAUUUGAUGUCACCUGUGCCAAAAAUAAUUGCUCUCUGUCUUGAUGCUAGGGUGUAAGAGAAAAGAGACUAAUUCACUGUGAAUUUUAUUAACGAAAAAAGGUAACGUUAGCGCGCGUGCCGUGGGUUCGACUAUCGUGCGACAACUUUUUUCCGAAGGUUGGAAAGCUUCUGCAGGAACAGAACAUCAAGAUCGUCUACGCGCAGGAGUUGAUCCACGGAGACGCCGAAUUGAGCAACCAGAUUCCGUAUUUUUUCUCUGUUUUUGAGUGAUUGUGGAACUGGUACGUAGCGACAUUGUUUUUCUUCUCGAUUGGUUCAACAGGUUAAGGUAUUAAACAAGCUGCCGAUUGUUCUUGGUGCCAUAGCCAUUCGCAGCAAAAUGAAAUACUGAUGAAGAUGACGCAGCCACAGCAUAGACAUGAAAAUGUAGAAGAGCUGCCGUGUGGCUGUUUCGUUCCUUCUUCUUUUUCUUCUUCAAGCGGAGGAUGUUCGCACGAAAUAGAAACAACCGAACCACAAAUCUUUCACUUCGUCUUUCUAGGUCGGACGCCGCGGGUCAAGAGCGGUACUGGACAGCGAAGAAGCAACUAGCGAUUCAGCGGGAAGUCUAUGAAACUGAAAAACGCCCCCUGCCCAACAGAUAAAUCGCUAACCAUUUAAGUAAAUCAAAUAAGACUGUGACAUGAAGCCAUUUUCUCAAAGCGUGACGGAACGCGACGGAAUUCCGUAAGAUAUACCGGCUUACCCUCUCGUCGCUUAGCGCCGGCGCCCCAGACAUCGCUGAUGUGAUGGACGGCUGCCACCUUUACUGCUACCCUACGCAUUUUUACGAAAGAGAGCAUUUUUUGCCCACCGGCUCUGUGCGUAGAAAAUGGCAGUGAUAGGGUACUACUACUUACUGUGCCGUUGUGAGACGCUAAUCGUCGAUGUCAGGGAGGCCUUUUUCAGGAUGAUAAACGGGAGUUUUUUUACAGCCAGUACCCCGGGCAGUCGUGGAAGAACGUGAUCAGCAUCGGGGAUUCGGACUUCGAACGAAAGGCGACCCAGCUGACCAUGCAGGAAUACAGUGUGGGGUUGUCUGACGGCGCGUUGCGGACCAGCCAGAGCCGCGGGGAGGAGGACCAGAUGUGCAUGAGCGGGUUCGUGGGCAACCACUACCGCCGGCUGCGCACCAAAACCGUGAAAAUGUACGACUCCCCCCGCAUCAAAGACCUGGAGCUGGAGAUUCAGCUGCUGAAAAAGUGGCUCACUGCCCUGGUGCAGCUGGAUUCCGGCCUCGACGUCGAUCUGGAGGACGAUGAGCGCCUCGCGGAAACCCACCGGCUGCUGACCGGGGAAAUUUUGUGA